GGUGAAAACUGUAUCCUCCUAGCAUCAAGGUGAAUCAGAAACAUCCUCUACUCUCUUCUAGCCCUGCUAUCACUUCAGGAGAACAAGAUGGAGGGUAAUUUAUGGAUGACAACGAUUCUCCUGUCCUUCUCUCUUUCAGAUAAUCUGUUUACAGAACUCUCCCAACGUCCCGACUGCAACGACAGACCUCUGUCCAUACAGAGUGUAUCUCUCCACAGCAGAGUGUCCAUCUCCUGCCCCAACAUGACAGGAGACGAUCUGAGAUUCCACCUCUCUUUGAACCGGUCCCUCGUUCACACCACAGUGCUCAAGAGGAACCAGAAUCACACCAGAAACAACCAAUCAGACACCUGGGUCCAGUUCUACCCAGCUGAACAGAACCUGAACCACAACUUAACCAACCGCUAUGUGUUCACGGUCAAUGGAACAGGACUGUACAUCUGCAGAGCAGAGAGGCUGUGGUCACCCCCUUAUAAAGUGGAUUCUGUUCACACUCUACUGAUAACAAAGAAGCAGUGUCUGAAACCCCAUGAUCCACUGGCCAAACAGAGUUGUGUGGAGGAUCCUAAUCCCCUCCUUCUGUGUCUGCUGCUGGUCGGAUGUGGGGUGCUACUCCUCUACAGCACCAUCCUCACCGUCAUCGUCGUCCUCAUCUGGAGGAAGCUGAAGAAGGAAGUGUCUGCUCAGAGCACAUACCUGAACAUAAAGCUAGGAGAGAAGAGAGUUCCUCAGAGAGUCCAGUAUCCAGUCACUGGAAGGUUCUGACGCUGACCUUCCUAAGGCUGUGCAUGCACUACUUUUGUGCACUAUGUAGGGAAUAGGGUGCCAUCUGGGACUUAGCCGAUUGGCUCUUCAAUCAAUCUACUGACGCGUUCAACGGCUCGAACGGCUUCAUACUGCAUUAGAACUGUCUCAUACUGCAUUAGAAUGGCUUCAUCCUGCAUUAGAAUGGCUUCAUCCUGCAUUAGAAUGGCUUCAUACUGCAUUAGAAUGGCUUCAUACUGCAUUAGAAUGGCUUCACGAUGCAUUAGAAUGGCUUCAUACUGCAUUAGAAUGGCUUCAUACUGCAUUAGAAUGGCUUCAUCCUGCAUUAGAAUGGCUUCAUACUGCAUUAGAAUGGCUUCACGAUGCAUUAGAAUGGCUUCAUACUGCAUUAGAAUGGCUUCAUACUGCAUUAGAAUGGCUUCAUCCUGCAUUAGAAUGGCUUCAUACUGCAUUAGAAUGGCUUCAUACUGCAUUAGAAUGGCUUCAUCCUGCAUUAGAAUGGCUUCAUACUGCAUUAGAAUGGCUUCAUCCUGCAUUAGAAUGGCUUCAUACUGCAUUAGAAUGGCUUCAUACUGCAUUAGAAUGGCUUCAUCCUGCAUUAGAAUGGCUUCAUACUGCAUUAGAAUGGCUUCAUACUGCAUUAGAACUGUCUCAUACAGCAUUAGAACUGUCUCAUACUGCAUUAGAACGGCUUCAUACUGCAUUAGAAUGGCUUCAUACUGCAUUAGAACUGUCUCAUACUGCAUUAGAAUGGCUACAUACUGCAUUAGAACUGUCUCAUACUGCAUUAGAACGGCUUCAUACUGCAUUAGAAUGGCUUCAUACUGCAUUAGAACUGUCUCAUACUGCAUUAGAAUGGCUACAUACUGCAUUAGAAUGGCUACAUACUGCAUUAGAAUGGCUUCAUACUGCAUUGGAAUGGCUUCAUCCUGCAUUAGAAUGGCUUCAUACUGCAUUAGAACUGUCUCAUACUGCAUUAGAAUGGCUUCAUACUGCAUUAGAAUGGCUUCAUACUGCAUUGGAAUGGCUUCAUCCUGCAUUGGAAUGGCUUCAUACUGCAUUAGAAUGGCUUCAUACUGCGUUAGAAUGGCUUCAUACUACAUUAGAAUGGCUUCAUACUGCAUUGGAAUGGCUUCAUACUGCAUUAGAAUGGCUUCAUACUGCAUUGGAAUGGCUUCAUACUGCAUUAGAAUGGCUUCAUACUGCAUUAGAAUGGCUUCAUACUGCAUUGGAAUGGCUUCAUACUGCAUUAGAAUGGCUUCAUACUGCAUUAGAACUGUCUCAUACUGCAUUAGAAUGGCUUCAUACUGCAUUGGAACUGUCUCAUACUGCAUUAGAAUGGCUUCAUCCUGCAUUAGAAUAGCUUCAUACUGCAUUAGAAUGGCUUCAUCCUGCAUUAGAAUGGCUUCAUCCUGCAUUGGAAUGGCUUCAUCCUGCAUUGGAAUGGCUUCAUACUGCAUUAGAAUGGCUUCAUACUGCAUUAGAAUGGCUUCAUACUGCAUUAGAAUGGCUUCAUCCUGCAUUAGAAUGGCUUCCUACUGCAUUAGAACUGUCUCAUACUGCAUUAGAAUGGCUUCAUACUGCAUUGGAACUGUCUCAUACUGCAUUAGAAUGGCUUCAUCCUGCAUUAGAAUAGCUUCAUACUGCAUUAGAAUGGCUUCAUCCUGCAUUAGAAUGGCUUCAUCCUGCAUUGGAAUGGCUUCAUCCUGCAUUAGAAUGGCUUCAUACUGCAUUAGAAUGGCUUCAUACUGCAUUAGAACUGUCUCAUACUGCAUUAGAAUGGCUUCAUACUGCAUUAGAAUAGCUUCAUACUGCAUUAGAAUGGCUUCAUCCUGCAUUAGAAUGGCUUCAUCCUGCAUUGGAAUGGCUUCAUCCUGCAUUAGAAUGGCUUCAUACUGCAUUAGAAUGGCUUCAUACUGCAUUAGAACUGUCUCAUACUGCAUUAGAAUGGCUUCAUACUGCAUUAGAACUGUCUCAUACUGCAUUAGAAUGGCUUCAUACUGCAUUAGAAUGGCUUCAUACUGCAUUAGAACUGUCUCAUACUGCAUUAGAAUGGCUUCAUACUGCAUUAGAAUAGCUUCAUACUGCAUUAGAAUGGCUUCAUCCUGCAUUAGAAUGGCUUCAUCCUGCAUUGGAAUGGCUUCAUCCUGCAUUAGAAUGGCUUCAUACUGCAUUAGAAUGGCUUCAUACUGCAUUAGAACUGUCUCAUACUGCAUUAGAAUGGCUUCAUACUGCAUUAGAACUGUCUCAUACUGCAUUAGAAUGGCUUCAUACUGCAUUAGAAUGGCUUCAUACUGCAUUAGAACUGUCUCAUACUGCGUUAGAAUGGCUUCAUACUGCAUUAGAAUAGCUUCAUACUGCAUUAGAAUGGCUUCAUCCUGCAUUAGAAUGGCUUCAUCCUGCAUUGGAAUGGCUUCAUCCUGCAUUAGAAUGGCUUCAUCCUGCAUUAGAAUGGCUUCAUCCUGCAUUAGAAUGGCUUCAUACUGCAUUAGAACUGUCUCAUACUGCAUUAGAAUGGCUUCAUACUGCAUUAGAACUGUCUCAUACUGCAUUAGAAUGGCUUCAUACUGCAUUAGAAUAGCUUCAUACUGCAUUAGAAUGGCUUCAUACUGCAUUAGAAUGGCUUCAUACUACAUUAGAAUAGCUUCAUACUGCAUUAGAAUAGCUUCAUACUGCAUUAGAAUGGCUUCAUCCUGCAUUAGAAUGGCUUCAUACUGCAUUAGAAUAGCUUCAUACUGCAUUAGAAUGGCUUCAUCCUGCAUUGGAAUGGCUUCAUACUGCAUUAGAAUGGCUUCAUACUGCAUUAGAACUGUCUCAUACUGCAUUAGAAUGGCUUCAUACUGCAUUGGAACUGUCUCAUACUGCAUUAGAAUGGCUUCAUCCUGCAUUAGAAUAGCUUCAUACUGCAUUAGAAUGGCUUCAUCCUGCAUUAGAAUGGCUUCAUCCUGCAUUGGAAUGGCUUCAUCCUGCAUUGGAAUGGCUUCAUACUGCAUUAGAAUGGCUUCAUACUGCAUUAGAAUGGCUUCAUACUGCAUUAGAAUGGCUUCAUCCUGCAUUAGAAUGGCUUCCUACUGCAUUAGAACUGUCUCAUACUGCAUUAGAAUGGCUUCAUACUGCAUUGGAACUGUCUCAUACUGCAUUAGAAUGGCUUCAUCCUGCAUUAGAAUAGCUUCAUACUGCAUUAGAAUGGCUUCAUCCUGCAUUAGAAUGGCUUCAUCCUGCAUUGGAAUGGCUUCAUCCUGCAUUAGAAUGGCUUCAUACUGCAUUAGAAUGGCUUCAUACUGCAUUAGAACUGUCUCAUACUGCAUUAGAAUGGCUUCAUACUGCAUUAGAAUAGCUUCAUACUGCAUUAGAAUGGCUUCAUCCUGCAUUAGAAUGGCUUCAUCCUGCAUUGGAAUGGCUUCAUCCUGCAUUAGAAUGGCUUCAUACUGCAUUAGAAUGGCUUCAUACUGCAUUAGAACUGUCUCAUACUGCAUUAGAAUGGCUUCAUACUGCAUUAGAACUGUCUCAUACUGCAUUAGAAUGGCUUCAUACUGCAUUAGAAUGGCUUCAUACUGCAUUAGAACUGUCUCAUACUGCAUUAGAAUGGCUUCAUACUGCAUUAGAAUAGCUUCAUACUGCAUUAGAAUGGCUUCAUCCUGCAUUAGAAUGGCUUCAUCCUGCAUUGGAAUGGCUUCAUCCUGCAUUAGAAUGGCUUCAUACUGCAUUAGAAUGGCUUCAUACUGCAUUAGAACUGUCUCAUACUGCAUUAGAAUGGCUUCAUACUGCAUUAGAACUGUCUCAUACUGCAUUAGAAUGGCUUCAUACUGCAUUAGAAUGGCUUCAUACUGCAUUAGAACUGUCUCAUACUGCGUUAGAAUGGCUUCAUACUGCAUUAGAAUAGCUUCAUACUGCAUUAGAAUGGCUUCAUCCUGCAUUAGAAUGGCUUCAUCCUGCAUUGGAAUGGCUUCAUCCUGCAUUAGAAUGGCUUCAUCCUGCAUUAGAAUGGCUUCAUCCUGCAUUAGAAUGGCUUCAUACUGCAUUAGAACUGUCUCAUACUGCAUUAGAAUGGCUUCAUACUGCAUUAGAACUGUCUCAUACUGCAUUAGAAUGGCUUCAUACUGCAUUAGAAUAGCUUCAUACUGCAUUAGAAUGGCUUCAUACUGCAUUAGAAUGGCUUCAUACUACAUUAGAAUAGCUUCAUACUGCAUUAGAAUAGCUUCAUACUGCAUUAGAAUGGCUUCAUCCUGCAUUAGAAUGGCUUCAUACUGCAUUAGAAUAGCUUCAUACUGCAUUAGAAUGGCUUCAUCCUGCAUUAGAAUGGCUUCAUACUGCAUUAGAAUGGCUUCAUCCUGCAUUAGAAUGGCUUCAUACUGCAUUAGAAUGGCUUCAUACUGCAUUAGAAUGGCUUCAUACUGCAUUAGAACUGUCUCAUACUGCAUUAGAAUGGCUUCAUACUGCAUUAGAAUGGCUUCAUACUGCAUUAGAAUGGCUUCAUCCUGCAUUAGAACUGUCUCAUACUGCAUUAGAAUGGCUUCAUACUGCAUUAGAAUGGCUUCAUACUGCAUUAGAACUGUCUCAUACUGCAUGAGAAUGGCUUCAAACUGCAUUAGAAUGGCUUCAUACUGCAUUAGAACUGUCUCAUACUGCAUUAGAAUGGCUUCAUACUGCAUUAGAAUAGCUUCAUACUGCAUUAGAAUGGCUUCAUCCUGCAUUAGAAUGGCUUCAUCCUGCAUUGGAAUGGCUUCAUCCUGCAUUAGAAUGGCUUCAUCCUGCAUUAGAAUUGCUUCAUCCUGCAUUAGAAUGGCUUCAUACUGCAUUAGAACUGUCUCAUACUGCAUUAGAAUGGCUUCAUACUGCAUUAGAACUGUCUCAUACUGCAUUAGAAUGGCUUCAUACUGCAUUAGAAUAGCUUCAUACUGCAUUAGAAUGGCUUCAUACUGCAUUAGAAUGGCUUCAUACUACAUUAGAAUAGCUUCAUACUGCAUUAGAAUAGCUUCAUACUGCAUUAGAAUGGCUUCAUCCUGCAUUAGAAUGGCUUCAUACUGCAUUAGAAUAGCUUCAUACUGCAUUAGAAUGGCUUCAUCCUGCAUUAGAAUGGCUUCAUACUGCAUUAGAAUGGCUUCAUCCUGCAUUAGAAUGGCUUCAUACUGCAUUAGAAUGGCUUCAUACUGCAUUAGAAUGGCUUCAUACUGCAUUAGAACUGUUUCAUACUGCAUUAGAACUGUUUCAUACUGCAUUAGAAUGGCUUCAUACUGCAUUAGAAUAGCUUCAUACUGCAUUAGAAUGGCUUCAUCCUGCAUUAGAAUGGCUUCAUACUGCAUUAGAAUGGCUUCAUCCUGCAUUAGAAUGGCUUCAUACUGCAUUAGAAUAGCUUCAUACUGCAUUAGAAUGGCUUCAUACUGCAUUAGAAUGGCUUCAUACUGCAUUAGAAUGGCUUCAUCCUGCAUUAGAAUGGCUUCAUACUACAUUAGAAUAGCUUCAUACUGCAUUAGAAUAGCUUCAUCCUGCAUUAGAAUGGCUUCAUACUGCAUUAGAAUGGCUUCAUACUGCAUUAGAAUGGCUUCAUACUGCAUUAGAAUGGCUUCAUACUGCAUUAGAACUGUUUCAUACUGCAUUAGAACUGUUUCAUACUGCAUUAGAAUGGCUUCAUACUGCAUUGGAACGGCUUCACGAUGCAUUAGAAUGGCUUCAUACUGCAUUAGAAUGGCUUCAUACUGCAUUAGAACUGUUUCAUACUGCAUUAGAACUGUUUCAUACUGCAUUAGAAUGGCUUCAUACUGCAUUGGAACGGCUUCACGAUGCAUUAGAAUGGCUUCAUACUGCAUUAGAAUGGCUUCAUACUGCAUUAGAACUGUUUCAAACUGCAUUAGAAUGGCUUCACGAUGCAUUGGAACGGCUUCAUACUGCAUUAGAACUGCGUCAUACUGCAUUAGAAUGGCUUCAUACUGCAUUAGAACUGCCUCAUACUGCAUUAGAAUGGCUACAUACUGCAUUAGAAUGGCUUCAUACUGCAUUAGAAUGGCUUCAUACUGCAUUAGAACUGCCUCAUACGGCAUUAGAAUGGCUACAUACUGCAUUAGAACGGCUUCAUACUGCAUUAGAAUGGCUACAUACGGCAUUAGAAUGGCUUCAUACUGCAUUAGAACUGUUUCAUACUGCAUUAGAACUGCCUCAUACUGCAUUAGAAUGGCUACAUACUGCAUUAGAAUGGCUUCAUACUGCAUUAGAAUGGCUUCAUACUGCAUUAGAACUGCCUCAUACUGCAUUAGAAUGGCUACAUACUGCAUUAGAAUGGCUUCAUACUGCAUUAGAAUGGCUUCAUACUGCAUUAGAAUGGCUUCAUACUGCAUUAGAAUGGCUUCAUACUGCAUUAGAAUGGCUUCAUACUGCAUUAGAAUGGCUUCAUACUGCAUUAGAACGGCUUCAGAAUACAUUAUUCUUACAGGCUUUAAGUAAAGUUUUACCAAUCAGGAUGUUUGUAUUAAAGUGUGUUAACUGACACUGUAUAAUCUCUGUGUUGUUCCAUAACUCCCUCCCUAUUGGUUAAUGCUUUGUAUAAUCUCUGUGUUGUUCCAUAACUCCCUCCCUAUUGGUUAAUGCUUUGUAUAAUCUCUGUGUUGUUCCAUAACUCCCUCCCUAUUGGUUAAUGCUUUGUAUAAUCUCUGUGUUGUUCCAUAACUCCCUCCCUAUUGGUUAAUGCUUUGUAUAAUCUCUGUGUUGUUCCAUGACUCCCUCCCUAUUGGUUAAUGCUUUGUAUAAUCUCUGUGUUGUUCCAUAACUCCCUCCCUAUUGGUUAAUGCUUUGUACGAAGCUGUUUGUGUUUCAAAAGUAAAGGAAGGAGAAAGUU